UACACAAGCCAACUUAACAAAGGGAAAAUGGCGGUGGUGGUGAUGAUGGUGGUACUGCUCCUCCACACACUUAUGAUCAUCAUCAGUACUAUACUAAUUGUGUCUGCCGCCGGUGCUCUGAAUCCAAUGUGUGGUUCCGACGAGUUUGUCUACUGUAGUUCGGCGGGCGACUUCGCCGACGGGGUAACCCAGCGUGCUGUGAUGGAGGAGAUCAUCAUGCUACCAUUUUGCUAAAUAUCAUAGCUAGAAAGCUAGCAAUGAUGCUUAAAAACUUUGGGAUGAUUUUACUCUUUUAGGUGCAUUAUAAACAUGGGAUGAAUUAUUCACCCAGAAAAUGCGUCUGAUUUGAUUAUCGGUUUUAAUGCAAAAUGAUUCUGUGAGGCGACUAAUGACUAAUGAGAAAGAUUAUGGUCAAACAAAGAAUUCUACAACGGUGGUAUUGCUCUCAUCAAUAAAGAAAAAUAUAUUAGUUUGCCUGUAGUGAGUGUGAAUUAUUCUACAAGGGCGUUAUUGGGAUCAACUUAUUCUUAAUAAUUAAACUUUCUCAUAGUAACUCGAGUGGAGUUAUUGGGAUCAACUUAUUCCUGACAUGAUAUCUGAAUAUUCUAUAGUCAGUGGCUGAUCCAUGGGGCUUUAGGGUGUCCCGGGACAUCCCUAAAAUUUAGGAACGCGAUGAUUCAACUCCCGAUAGUAGUUUACAAAUAGGUAAAAAAAAUAUUUAAGUGGUGGGGGACAAUCCUAAAAUUUGGAAAAAUGAUUAUAAUCGCCUAAUAGUAGUUUGUGUAUGGGUAAAUAUAAACAUUUAAGUGGUUG